AUGGAAAACUAUUCCAUGACCUCGGUCAAAAGAAGACGCGAUUUUAAAGACGUUUUAGGUGAUCUUGCCAUACCAAUGUUGGCAGGAUUGCGUUUGCCUCAUAUACUUGAUAACAAUAACAUUUGGUACUACGUCAUGGUGCUACUAUCAACUUGCAUUUUGGGGCAACUGAUUGUGAAUAUUAGCAUUGGGCAUGGUAAACUAAGCAACUAUGGAAACUUUUUGCGUUUAUACAAUGUGUACGACCAAAGAUUGGGUAACAUGGACUGUUUAGGAGAGUUUCUAUGGCUUUUCAAUUAUUACAUGGCGCUCAGUAUCAGUAUAGACUUGGUACCAGGACCAAAGCUUAUUGCUGUAACAUUCUAUCAAGUUCACCCUCUCUGA